CCUUUGAUUCCAAGCCCCAUCAUCAUGCGCAGAAGUCAGGAGCAGUGAAGUAGGAAGGAUUUUGCCACGGCUCUUGUUUCUACGCGAGGAGUUCAGCCGACUGGAGAGGCGGCGAGAGCGACGGAUGGGUUCCAGUUUGGGAGCUAGAAACACUUUGGAGAUAUUGCUGGGGGAACUGUCCAAGGACUUCUUGACUCAUCCCCUAACACGUAAUGAAGUAUGUCUUGUUCUUCUCCGCGUGGCUGUUUUUGGAGCUACCACCUACUUCAGUAUCAAGUGGGUCUCAGAUGCCUUAGACCCUGCCCAGAAGCAAAGAAUCCAGUUGAAGAAAAGAGCAGAAGACCUGAUGAAGCAGAUUGGAAUAGAAAAGGUGAAGCUGUCGGAGUAUGAGAUGAACAUUGUAGCUCAUUUGGUGGUUCCCAGGGACAUAAAGCCCUCCACAAACUUGUCCAAUUUGCAGGUCACUUGGAACGAUGUCGCAGGCCUAGAUGAGCUGGUCAGUGAACUUCGAGACAGCGUAAUCCUACCAUUACAACAGACACGCUUGUUUGAACACUCCAAGCUAUGCCAGCCUCCAAAAGGUGUCUUACUGUAUGGACCUCCAGGAUGUGGCAAGACUCUUCUUGCCAAAGCAAUGGCCCAGGCAUCCAGCUGCAGGUUCAUCAACCUUCAAGCAUCCACCUUGAUGGACAAAUGGUACGGGGAGUCACAAAAACUCACCGCUGCUGUUUUUUCUCUGGCAAUCAAAAUCCAACCUUGCAUCAUUUUCAUUGAUGAAAUAGAUGCCUUCCUGAGGAACUGCUCCACAACUGAUCAUGAAGCCACAGCUAUGAUGAAAGCAGAAUUCAUGAGCCUUUGGGACGGGCUGCAGACAGCGUCUGACUGCCAGGUAAUGGUGCUGGGAGCCACCAAUAGGCCUCAAGAUGUGGACCCGGCCAUCCUGAGGAGAAUGCCAACAACUUUUCAUAUUGCACUACCUACCCAAAGGCAAAGACAAGACAUCCUGAAGCUAAUUCUUGCUGGAGAAAAUACGAGCAAUGCCGUGAGCCUGAAAGAGCUGGCAGAGAGAACACGUGGUUACUCGGGCAGCGAUCUAUGGGAACUGUGCCGGGAUGCCGCCACGUAUCGGGUGCGCGAUUACGUUCGAAAACAACAAAUGAGGCAGGUGGCCCGCUUGCUGCACCGCAGAGGAAGUGAGGAGAAAACGGACUUGGAGGAAAAUUCCUUCAGGCCACUUACUCAGCUUGACCUGCUGCUCGCCCUGGAGAAGAUGAAGGAGUCCAGAGGAGCCACUUCAGCCACGCUGACAGAACCAGCUUUGAACUGAUUGGAUGAGAUUCCUAACCUGGAGAGCCAGGAUUAACCUGACUGCAAUUGCUCUACUGCAGGGAUGGCCAACCUUGGCCAUUCCAAGACCUGUGGACUUCAACUCCCAGAAUCCCCCAGCCAGCCAGUCCACAGGUCUUAAGAGUGGCCAAAGUUGGACGCCCCUGCUCUGUUGUAACGUUAGAGCAGGGGUCUUCAAACCUGGCCCUUUUAUGACUUGUGGACUUCAACUCCCAGAAUUCCUCAGCCAGGCCCGCUGGGCAAAAAAGGAAGAGAAAAAUAUUGUAUCCAUGUUAAUUAUAAUUUGGGAUAGAAAUGUUACGAACACCAUUUUUUUCACUUCUUAAUUUGUAGCUGGGUGUAACGUUGAAAAAGGACUCCUACAACUCACCACAAAAUAAUCAGGUUUCAAUGCUAAGCUGAUUACUUAUUAAAGUUUUGCUUGCCUGUGACUUUGCGUGUACUCGCGUACGCUUAUGAGGUUAAUGAUUUCAAAUUAGUCUUGAGUUUUUGUUUCUUCUAGAAUGCCUCUUAACUUUUGGAGGGUCCACUCAGCCUCAGCUAAAUGUUCCAAUCACUGCUUCUGCUUUUUUCAACCAGAAACAGAAUUUAACACAGCCCAAGUUUUGUUUUUUUUUUAAAUUUGGAGAGUACGUCUCACAACACAGUAUUUGAAGAUUUUUCCACUUCAAAAUGCAGGAAAUCAUGUGAAUCUCUUUCUUAAAGGGUGGUCAGAGAAGGCUCUGGGGAGCCCAGAAAAGAGGUUAAGUAACUUACUUGUUCUCAAGGAGAAGAAAAUUGAGAAGUUGCUGAUACAAGGAUGAGGAUACUUGACUUCCUCAUAAGCCUUUUUUCUUCUGUCCCUAAGUACUGGGUUUGACCCUCAUUGGUUGUCGUUUCCUGCCAUCUCCUGGUCAGAAGUUGUAAGUACAGUCUGGCCUGAACAUUUGGAGAAAGAAUUCCUUACCGCACUUGUUGCCCUUUUGCCUGAAAUUCAGCCUGCUCUGCAGGUGGAAAGCUGCCAAACACCAGGUUUCUGCAGAAUAUACUGGGCCAAUGUGCUUGCAACUCUUACAUUUGGGUUUCAAGCUGAGAAGACUCAGUUCCUUUGGGGGCUUGAGCCAAACCCUGCUAAAACCACUAAAGAUAGAGCCAGGAACUAAAUACACCAUCGUAGAAGCAAUGCUAAAUCCUAAAUUCCACUUAAGAAAGCGGCUGGGGAACUGUGGUUAUAACAUGCUGCAAGAUAGAACUUGGUCCAGAAAAAGGAGCUUUUCAAAAUGCCUCCCUGAAUAUUUAUGAAACUUACAUGGUCUCACCCAACUUGAACAAUGCAACUCUGGUAGCUAAAUUAAUUUUUAAAAAAAAAAUAUUGAAGAAACGAUCAACUUCAGUUAAAAUCCCAACAAUAGCAAUGAAUAGGCAAUUGGGAACCCAAGCGUGCUUCGUAGCCUUGAUGUGGGAACCCCAAUAAUCACAAUUCCAAUACCCGUGUAUUUGAGGGAACCUGUCUUGAUCCUAAGUCUUCUGGUUCAAAAGGGUAAUUUCUUAACUUGUAUACUAUCAGAUGCAGACCCAAACAAAAACUACGAUUGUUAGCUAAAAGUAUGAUGGGAUAUGCACCCGUCCACAUAAAACAACUUGAGCUGUUUCGAUUCCUCCAGGAAAAGAUGCAUUACGACAUCACAAGAAAGGUGGGUAGGGCUGUCAGGAUUCUAGAAUGAAGAGGUUGGAGUCUAUGAAGGAGCCCCAAGUAGUUGUAUCCAAGACAACACUGGAAAAGACCAAGUAACUGCUGACGGGUUUGUGUCCUAAAACUUGAUUGCCAGUUAUUUUUGAGACCCGUCCAUCAACAGCGCAUGGAAAUAGACUCAGCAAGCAGCCAUUAUCUUGUUGGAGCCUGAAAUAUUUCAUCUUCUUAGGGCCAGGUAUACUGAGUGACGGAGGGAAAUUAAGAUUUCCAACCAACCAACCAAACUUGAUUUCAGAAGAGCCAAACUGGCCUGUCUGACAAAGGUGACCUGGAGUUUUUCCAAAGCAGCUACAAGGUAUCUCUAAAGGCAACACUCCCCAAAUGACUUCUUGGCAAGGGUGUAUCAACAAUUUCAUGAGAGACGGCUUGUGCUGCGAUGCCGCAGUUAUCUCCAUAGCCCAACAGCAGGUCUUGCGUGCCCAUCAAGGUGGCAUCUUGUCCAGAAUGACCAAACCAGAAAUCCAAGCUCUCCUUGGCACGAACAGAAACGUACUCCUCACUCAGGGUUUGACGCUGGGUGGCCACAAAUGUCUGGUCAUACGAGACAAUCUGUACACUGAUGCCCAACAACACACGAUGGAUCUCCGAACCAAGGUGUAUCAUGGGGACAAGAAGGAUAGCUGCACCCAUGCCAUCGCUGUGGUCCUGGUUAACCCGAUUUGCCUAAUCCUGAUUGGUAUGCAAGGGAUUCAGGGAGGGACGCUGAAUCUGAAAGCUUUCCAGACAGCAAAGUACAUUAAAGAGCAUUUACGCCAAUAAUUACGCAACAAGCGUCUACCGUCGUACCAGCUAUGGGCCCCCUUUUUACCAGUCCAGCUUGCAAAGGAUGACAUUUUUCUUUCCAUCCCAUGGAAGAACACGCAGGAGAGGAGGAUCCUGGUAACUUCUAAGGAAGUCCACGUCCAGUGGGACUGAUGUUUCAGACCUGAUGAUCUUUAAACUUCCAUCUUUGAAUGAGCCCUUCAGAAUCAACUUCCAUCUACAGCUCCUGGAGGCAGGAGCAGCUUCCUGGAGGUCCUACUAAUGACCGAGUCUUUCCAAGAAUGUCUUGAAUCUGUUCACUUUUCAUCCUCAGCAAUUCUGUUUCCUAGAGACCACCCUGGAUUUACCCCACAGAUCUUCUGCUCCUACCCAUAGACAGUACGCCUGACUGCUUCGAUUUCUAUUUCUGAUGCUGCCAGCUGUUUGAUUAGUAGGCUUUCUUAAAACGUUUAUAAAGAGAUUUCCCAAAAAAAAAAAAAAAAAAUUAGUUAUUUUGCAGCCUAUAAGCUUGCUUUGCCAUUUGUUUUCUUCUAUCUCGCUUGGUAAUUUCCUUGCUUCUACUCUGGAUAUCCACUAGGGCUUAUUGUUGGUGGGCAGUUUAAAAUGCAACAAAUAAAUGGGACUUUGCAAAGGGAAAUGAUUUAAUUCUACAUCUAUGCUGGUAAGAAGGAUGUUUCUUUCUUGGCUUACAAUAAAGAGCAGACCCUGAACACUGC